AUGACCAUUAGUGAUGAGGGUAAAGAGGAUGAUGAUGGUUACGAACGACAAUGGUGGUAUGAAGCUGACGAUAAUCGUAAUGACAAUGACAAUGGUGACGAUAGCAAUGAGAACCGGUACCAACUAUUCUCGAAUGACGAUGGUGAUGAUGGUAAUGAGAAUGACGAUAGUGGCGAUGGUAACGAGAAUGACAAUGGUGGUGAUGGUGAUGAGAAUGACAAUGGGGCGAUGAUGAUGAGAAUGACGAUGGUGGCGAUGAAUGACGAUGGGGAUGAUAGUAAUGAGAAUGACGAUACUGACGAUGAUAAUGAUGACGGUAAUGAGAAAGACGAUAUUUACGAUAAUGAGAAUGACGGUUAUGAUAGUAAUGAGAAUGGCAAUGGUGACGAUAGUAAUGAGAAUGACGAUGGUGGUCAUAGUAAUGAGAAUGACGAUGGUUGUCAUGUUAACGGGUUCGAAAGACAAAGGUCUCCAGAAGUAGCAUGUCGUGUGCCCAGUAUCGAUGAAGAGGAAGAAGAACGAGUGGAGGAAGAACCUGACGACGAUGUCGACUGGUCAUUUAAAAUUCUCAAUUGUAAAGACCAUUCCUAUACAAGACUUUUACAGCCAACAACAAGUAAACUGGAUCGCUCAUGUAAUAAGGCGUGA